CCGGCCCCGGCCCCGGCCCCGGCCGCGGGUGUCUCUCGGCUUGGCGGCCGCAGAGCCGGCCCGGCAAAGCGGCGGGCACCGGCGGCCGCCAUGGGGACGAACGCGCCGCCGCGCCGGGAGCCGCUGGCCCGCGGCCCUCACGAGGUGUACUUCAAGAAUCUUUCAAAACAGAAGCAGAAGGAAGUAAUGGAGAAGAAUGGAAACAACCACAAGCUUCGUGUUUGUGUUGCUACUUGCAACCGUGCUGAUUAUUCAAAAUUAGCUCCCAUUAUGUUUGGUAUUAAGGCAGAACCACAGUUUUUUGAGCUUGAUGUCGUAGUGCUUGGUUCUCACCUGAUUGAUGAUUAUGGUAACACCUAUCGUAUGAUUGAACAAGAUGACUUUGAUAUUCAUACGAGGCUGCACACCAUCGUGAGAGGGGAGGAUGAGGCAGCCAUGGUGGAGUCGGUGGGCCUUGCAUUAGUCAAGUUACCUGACGUCCUCAACCGCCUGAAACCUGACAUAAUGAUAGUUCAUGGGGACAGAUUCGAUGCCUUGGCCCUGGCCACGUCCGCAGCCCUGAUGAACAUUCGCAUUCUUCACAUUGAAGGUGGGGAGGUCAGUGGGACCAUCGAUGACUCCAUCAGACAUGCCAUAACCAAGCUGGCCCAUUACCACGUGUGCUGCACGAGGAGUGCAGAGCAGCACCUGAUAGCCAUGUGCGAAGACCACGACCGCAUCCUUUUAGCAGGCUGUCCCUCGUAUGACAAGCUUCUCUCUGCCAAAAACAAAGACUACAUGAGUAUUAUUAGCAUGUGGCUAGGUGAAGAUGUCAAAACCAGAGAUUAUAUAGUUGCUCUGCAGCAUCCUGUAACCACAGAUAUUAAACAUUCCAUAAAGAUGUUUGAGCUGACACUAGAUGCACUCAUCUCCUUCAACAAGAGAACACUUGUUCUAUUCCCUAAUGUGGAUGCAGGAAGCAAAGAGAUGGUUCGUGUGAUGAGGAAGAAGGGCAUUGAACACCAUCCCAAUUUUCGGGCAGUGAAGCAUGUGCCAUUUGACCAGUUCAUUCAGCUAGUUGCUCAUGCUGGUUGUAUGAUUGGUAACAGCAGUUGUGGUGUCAGAGAGGUGGGAGCAUUUGGCACACCUGUCAUCAACCUGGGGACACGGCAGACAGGAAGAGAAACAGGUGAAAAUGUUCUUCAUGUUCGUGAUGCUGAUACACAGGAUAAGAUUCUUCAUGCUCUACAGCUGCAGUUUGGGAAGCAAUAUCCAUGCUCAAAAAUAUAUGGAGAUGGUAAUGCUGUUCCAAGGAUUUUGAAGUUCCUUAAAUCUAUUGACCUCAAAGAACCAUUGCAAAAGAAAUUCUGUUUUCCUCCUGUCAAAGAUAAUAUCUCUCAAGAUAUUGACCAUAUUCUAGAGACACAGAGUGCUCUGGCGGUGGAUCUAGGCGGAACAAAUCUCCGAGUAGCAAUCGUCAGUAUGAAGGGUGAAAUAGUUAAGAAGUAUACCCAGCUCAACCCUAAAACCUAUGAAGACAGACUAGCGUUAAUUCUAAAGAUGUGUGUAGAGGCUGCAUCAGAGGCAGUAAAUGUAAACUGCAGAAUUUUGGGAGUAGGUAUUUCCACAGGUGGACGGGUAAACCCUCGAGAAGGAGUUGUGCUUCACUCUACAAAACUCAUUCAGGAGUGGAGCUCUGUGGAUCUCAGAACUCCUAUAUCUGAUGCUUUGCACCUGCCAGUCUGGGUGGACAAUGAUGGAAACUGUGCUGCUUUAGCAGAAAGGAAAUUUGGUCAUGGAAAAGGAAUAGAAAAUUUUGUAACACUGAUUACUGGUACAGGAAUUGGAGGUGGAAUCGUUCAUCAGCACGAGUUGAUCCAUGGCAGUUCUUUCUGUGCUGCUGAGCUUGGGCACAUUGUUGUAUCCUUAGAUGGACCAGAGUGCCUGUGUGGCAGCCAAGGAUGUAUAGAAGCAUAUGCCUCAGGAAUAGCGUUACAGAGAGAAGCUAAGAAACUGCAUGAUGAUGAUCUGCUUUUAGUAGAAGGAAUGUCAAUGAAGGAGGAGGAGAUUGUUAGUGCUGCACAUCUUAUUCAAGCAGCUAAACUUGGGAAUACAAAAGCAGAGAGCAUUCUCAGAACAGCUGGGACAGCGCUGGGCCUUGGCGUUGUGAACAUUCUGCACACGGUGAACCCAUCUCUUGUGAUCCUUUCUGGGGUUCUAGCUAACCACUACGUUAAUGCUGUCAAAGAUGUGAUAAAUCGACAGGCACUGUCCUCUGUUAAAACAGUGGAUGUGGUGGUCUCAAAUCUAGCAGAUCCUGCUCUUCUUGGAGCUGCUAGCCUGGUACUGGAUUAUACCACACGUAGAAUAUACUAAAGAAUUACAGAAGAAUUAAGAGAAUUGGACUAUUCAAAUUCUUAAUGGGUGGAGGGAAUAUUUUGCCCCAAAUUUUUCUUGAUGAGAGCAGCUAAUGAAUCAAAGUAGCUUUUUGAGUAGUUAGUGACUACUUCAGCAUUUCCUAAUUGAGGUAUUAUCUUUUUAUAUUUUUCCUAAAUUUCAGCUGACUUCAUUGGAAGUAAUGUGCAAUUCUGGUUUUUUAAGCACCUCUGUUGUUAAGCCUAUACAUUACUUUUGAGUGUGGCAGAAUUAUUUAUGAGCAUCUCUUGCUGUAUGGGGAUAAUGUGUAUGGUGUAUAAAACUAUUUUAACUGUUGGGGAUCCGUAUCUCAUUUCCCAGUUAAGUGAAAUGAGACGCUUACCAGCUUUUCAGUUUCUAGGAUUCCACCCACAAAGUAAAUAUGAUGUAAUCACCAGUAGCAGGUAAUAAUUUAAGUGGGUGGAAACCAGGGCCUCUACAAUAAAAAAAAGGUUACACCUAGAAGAAAUUCCUUUUCAUGAAGGACUUGGUAGAGGCAACCAGGUUUAUUUAUUAGAUCAUCUCUGAACGCCAGAGUCCCAUUUUAGAAGCUUUGCAUAUGAAGGAAAAAAACUACAGUUUAGUGAGCUUACAGCCUGCAGAGGAGUCCAAACAAACUCAUAAGAGAGCAGUGAGCAUCUUUGUCUUCUGGCUAUGGCCAGUAGUAAAUUGUUUGAAUUUUAAUCUUGAAGGACUUUUCAAGAGACCUAAUCUACUACUUUAAGAGAGGAGGGCUGCUUAUUCUUUGGUAGCCAGUUAGCUGAAAUUCAGCCACGUGGCACAGCUGAUCAUAAAGAACCUUUCACUACAGAGUGACACAGUGCAUCCCCUCAGCCAUUCAGGUGGCUGAAGGUGCACUGUUCUUGUCCUGCUUUCACCAUCAGCUUUCAGGAUGGAGAGUCAAAUCUGACCCUUAUUCUUGCCUGCAGAGCAUUCAGAGGCCUAGGAGAAAAGUAUGUCAAGUACCAGUAAAGGCUUGCCUAAGUAAGCUGGUUUGUAUUUCUUUAAUGAGUCCUUGAUAUACAGUGCUGUCUUUAUCCAGUUGCUUUUUUAGCAUUCUUUCAAGAUGCUGGAGGAAUUGAAAAACCAGCCCAUCUAUCAGCUAAUCCAGAAAGAUAGCUCUGGAGGAACAGUCAUAAAACUAUCCUGUCCUGAAUUUAAUGACCUAUUUUGACAUCUAACUCAACCAUUGAUAUUCUCAAGAGUCCAGUAGUGUGUUAGUACAGGGGCUAUUUUCACACUUGAACUUCUCCUCCAGUCAAAAUGAAACAAUCUUCUGCAACCAUUGCCCUGUCUUAUACAAUCAAGUUGGACUGAAUAGCUCCUAGUUCAUUUGCUAAUUCUGGGAUAUAACCUGUAGAGAUUGUCUUUACUUCACCUUCUCUUCCACAAGGAAUGCUUAUUGGUAACUCACAUCUUCAGAGCAGAUUUCAGGAAUACCACCAGAUCUCCCUCCUGAUGUCUCCAGGAAGAAUCCUGCAACCUCUAUACCACUGGCAAAUAACUGGUUCUUCACUCUGCCAAGUUAUACUAGGCUUUCUGUAACCAAGGAGAUUUAAUUACUUUUCCUACAAGUCUUGGUUCACUUGAUGAGUAUUGAAGGUAAUGGAAUCACCUUCAAUGCCACAGCAUUAGCUCUAUGAGCAGGUCAAGGAGAAACUGGCAUUUCUCUGCAGUGACAGUAGCUCAGAUCAGGAGUACUGAGGUUCUAACAGUGAGGAGGCCUGUCAUUUGAUCUUUCCAUCCUCUACUAUGACAAGGAACGCCUGGCUGGAAUGCCUGGCUGAAAGUGGGACCAGGCUUUUGCUUUCCAGACCCUCUGAAGUUCUGUAUUUCUUGUAUCUGAGACUCAAAAUGUUUUUUCCUAGCAGCUAAAGGAAGGGUGCAGGUACAGAAAAAACACAACAGACUAAAACACAGUUGAAAAGUUUUACACAUUUAAUGUCAUGUUAAGAAAACGGUUCUUGAAAUGCUUUUGAAAAUGCUUUUUUCCUUUCAAUUGGCCAAGAACUUGCUGCAUAUGUAGAAGCAGUUUAUUAAAUCAGAAAGAAUAAAAAAUCAUGUUUAAUAGUGUAA